CCCAGCACAGCCCCCGACACCGCCCGCCGGGUGGGCCGGGCUCCGCUCCGCCCGUGCGGCCGCGGGGCUGGGGCAGCGGCGCCGGGGAACCGCCGGGACCCAGGCCUUGCACUCUGGAUUUGUCAGCCUUGCAGGCUUCUGGUCACAUCUCUUCUCGGCCAUGGGGAGAUCAGUAGGAUUUAACAUCUUUGUGGUCACCUGCAGCAUCCUGCUCUUGUCCUCCAGCCUGCCAUGCCUUGCAUCUCAGCCUCUGGAGGAGGGGGACACGACCAAGAUCCAGCAUGGCCCCUGGGCAGGGAAUGGGCUGGAAGAUGAAAGUAUUGGCAUGGUGGACUUGAAAAAUACCUUGAGCCCUUCUGAGCAGACCGUUUCUGAAGAGCCAUGUGGAGUGUCAGCAGAGCCGUCUGGGACACCCUUGAAUGAAGCUUCCACUGCAGAAGAAAUGCUCCCUGUGAGCCCCAGCCAUGUCAGCCCCAGCACCCAAGGCCUGGGUGACCACACCUCUGCUGGGGCAGUGGCUGCUGUGAGUGGGGAGGAGCUUGGUCCCACGAAGUCAGAGCUGGAUGAGGAUGAUGCCCUCAAGGCCAUGCUGACCACAGCUGUGACCACGCUGAGCCCCCCUGGCCAGGAGGAGUCUGUGGGUGGCCCCAUCAGCGAGGUCACCACAGAGGGUGGUGUGGCAGUGGAGCACAGCUCUGCCAGCCCCUCAGCAACCCCCCCCCUUCCUGGGACAACUGUGGAGGAGCAGGAGGGGGCAGAGAGCAGCUCACACCCCUCAGCUGUGCCCCAGCCCACGCUGAGCCCCAGCUCUCCCAGCUGGGAAACAGCGAGUGACCACCUUGUUAUCCCAACUCCCCAGGCUCCUGGUGUGACCCCUGAGGUGGGAAUGCUGAGACCCCGCACAGGGAGCCCUCUGAAAUCCCUGGCUCCACCAGUGUCUGUGGCUGCCGAACGUCCCCUCGUGGUGACCGAGGCCUCCCUUCCCCCAGAAGCAGGGACAGGGGUCACACAAGGAGAGCUGCCCACCACAGCUGGCACUGUCACCAUCCCCCCUGUGGACACUGUGCCACCUGACUGGGAUGACACAAAGCUGGGGGACAUCAGUCAAGGGGGAAGCACGUCUCAUGAGGAGGUGACAGAGGACCUGGCGACGACAAAACCAUCCCAGACCCCACAGGGAGGUGUGGGAGAGGAAGAGGACGCAACAAGAGCACUGCCAUCCCCAGUGUCCCCUCCACCAGAGCCUGAGCUUGCUGAGGAGACCAACUGCACAGUGCCAGCACAAGGAGAGGAGCUGCCAGCAACUUCCACAGGCAGCAGUGGUGCUUCCCACACUGGAAAUGUGACGGAUGGAGACACGACUGAUCUGGACUCGCUGGAAAACACAAGUGCAGUCACAGCAGAGGAGGAGAAAAGCAUUCUGCCAUCACAGUCAGAGGCUACUGUGGGGACAGAAACUCAGCCUGAGCUCUCCCCUACUCUGGAAAGUUCAUGGGAAGGUGUUGCUCAGGAGGUGACAACAGUUGCCCAGGAGGCUGAUGCUGGUCUGUCAGUUGUGGCAGUGGGUCCUGGUGCUACCCAGGGAACAGGAGCUGCAAGCUUUCCCCAGGAGAACAGUGGGGAAGACACCCAGAUGCUGACUGCUCCCAGUGCCACCGAGGUGCUGGUGGCAACUGGUGCUUCCUCUGCGGUGAACACUCUGGAUGUUGAAGAUCUCACGGAUGGGAUCGUGGUCACCAGUGAGAAGGCUGUCCCAGCUCCUGGUGGGAUGCCUUCUACCCCAUCUGGACAGACAGGGGAACCAUCCAGCAGAACUGUGGUCCUGGUCACUCCAGCAUCCAUGGCCUCUUCUGCCAGGAGAACAGCCCUUCCCUCUGUGCGGAGGAUCAGCACGGCCGUGACCUACGGGCUGGACCGCCUGGAGUCGGAAGAGGGUGAAGAAGAGGAGGAGGAAGAAGAAGAGGAGGAGGAAGAAGAGGAGGAGGAAGAGGAAGAUGAGGAGGACAAAGACCUAGAUCUGAUGGAUGAAAGCAUGGAGGGCGACACGGAGCUGCCAGGUUUCACACUUCCAGGGGAGACCUCCCAGGAUCCCAUAGCUGGCCUGGAAAACCCUGUGGCCCAGCUGGCUGGGGUGUCCUACCAGGUUCCUGACACCAUCGAGUGGGAGCAGCAGAACCAGGGUCUGGUGAGAAGCUGGAUGGAGAAGCUGAAAGAUAAGGCAGGGUACAUGUCGGGGAUGCUGGUUCCCGUGGGAGUGGGAAUAGCAGGAGCCCUGUUUAUCCUGGGAGCGCUCUACAGCAUCAAGAUUAUGAACCGCCGAAGGAGAAAUGGCUCGAAGAGACAUAAAAGAAAGCAGAGGGAGUUUAACAGCAUGCAGGACCGAGUCAUGCUCUUGGCUGACAGCUCCGAAGACGAAUUUUGAACCGGACUGCGGUGCCCUUGUGACUUUUCCGAGGAGGGAGGGAGAGGGAGAAGAAGAACAAGUGACUCUGUGCUGCAUCCCUGCUCUCUCCACCACCCCAGGGCCCCAGCAGGGCUCAGUGCCCUGACCAAGGCAUGCUACGCUCUUCGUGUCCCGCCAGUGAUGUUUGUUUGAUACAAUAGUGGAGAUUUCACAUUUCAGAUCCACAGCGCGUCUUGUUACAGCUGGAGCUGAUCCAUAUGGAUGAUUAUUUUCCUAUCACCCUGGUGUACUGUUUUGGUCCUGGCUGGCAGUAAUCUAAUCAUAACAAUAGCUCUCACCUAACCCGGGAAUGGAAAUCUUUACUGUGAAUGACUGCUGUCCAAUUAAUUUUAAAUGUUACAUUACCUGAGCUAGAGUUCAUUAGUGCUAAGAUUAGCUGCUCUGCUUAAUUAAUGAGUUGUACACCUGAACUGUGUCCCUGGCCACCUGAGAAGUGCCCACGUACAGUGUUCUUGAUUCAGUUUGAAGCACAUUUCUGCACUUGGGUGCCCGACUCUCACCCCUGCUCUCUCCCUUCAGCUCUUCUCCACACUGCUUGGAGACACACGGGAAUGGCCUCAGCACUUGAUUUCACCACAAAAAUCCUGUCCAUUUUCAACCAGCACUGUCUGUUACAGCACAAUAAAUACCAGCGCUCGCCUACUGACGGGUGGUCUUGCAUGGA